AUGUCUUGUUUUUCCUACAGAGUCGGAGAAGAGAAGGAGAAAGCCGUGGAGACCUUACAGACAGAAAGACAGACGUACGGACAGAAGUUACAACAGUUAGAACAGGAGCACCAGAAAACCCUGCAGGCCAUACAGGACCAGUAUCAGCACCUGGCUCAGGAGAGGGACCACAUACAGUCUCGGGCAGCCAUGGCAGAGCAACAGUACCAGGAGACCCAGGCCUUGCUGACUUUGUACCAGCGACAGAUCACAGAACAGCAGGAGAUGGUCAACGAGAAGCUGAAUGAGUCGCUCAAUGAGCUGCUAUCUUCACCAAGGAGGUUGUCACCACAGGUGCCAGAAACUGUACCGCAUACAGCAAUGCCUGCGUCUACUGUAGGGUUCACACCACCUCAGAGGUUAGACAGGGGUGUACAGGAUCCUGUCCCUCCACAGAGGUAUGCCAACCUCUACACCCCUCAAGUCAACAUGGUACAGCCUGGUGCUGAGGUCUCUUUGAGAGGAAUGUCCCGCGUGGGACCUACCACUCAUGGGAAACAGGGGGAAACAGACCUCAGUGGUUCUUAUAGGCCAAAGGAGUGCACAGUUCCAUCCAGAGAUGUGAUUUACUCUGACAAUGAAGACACAGUGUACACAGGAAAGUAUGCUGUCCACUAUUACAUGGACCAUCCAGAGAGGAUCCAGUCCAACCUCCCGCCCGGCGCGUUACCGUCUGACCGGCCCGCCCCUCCCCAGUACAACUCCGUCAUUCCCUCACACGACCCCGAAACACACAGCGCUCACAGCGCCAGUUCGGUCAUCUCUUCCGUGCGAUCCACACCGCCCACGAACCAUGAUCUGCCCAAACCAUCGUCUUUGCCGGCAGAGACUUUCUUCCCCUACUCUAGCCAGCAGUCUAGUUCUCAGUACUCCUCUGCAGACUUCCAGCCGUUAAAACCCGAGCUGGAUUUCGAUUCGCAGUCGACGCAAGCAGGCCGCGAAAUCGCAUCUCAAAUAAGGACUGAACAGCAGGGCUAUGUGUACGACAAGUCACAGACAAAUGGACACGCUCACUAUAGAGUUGAACAAAACGGGAUUGGUGCCCAAGUGCAUCAUGGGUUAAUGGCAAUGCAUGAUGGGAAGGAUGGUACGGAGGAGGCGUUGUCACGGCAACAGGCGUGGGAACAGCAGAGAGAACAGCUGAUGGCACAGAAGGAGAGACUGAUAGAGGAGCAGGAGAGGUUGAGGAGGAUGCUGGCAGCACAAGAGGACCAACUGAACCUGAAGAGGGCUCAGCUGCACAGACAACAGGUAAGACAUAAGGGCAGGCUGCAGUUCUUUGAGGAGAUGGGGCGUUUUCCUUCCGACUCCAGCGUGGCUUCCUCAGUGCGCAGCUCUAUCCCAUCCACGGACCGUAAACUGCCCCGUGCGCCUGUCUCACGCCCAUCCAGUCAGCCCCGCCAACCAUCUCGAACAUCGAAGGAAUCCGGGAGAAGAAGAAACAUGAAACGCCAACAAGAACUCCCCACGGAUCCUAGAAUGGAUAAUCCCAGUAGGCAUGGUGUUGAACCGUUUGACUGGGACCACACCUAUGACUACAGCCAUCCCACCUACAUACAGACAAACGUAUCGCAGGAGGCCGGGGUUUCAGAUCCAUCCAGUCUGGGAAGAGGAUACAGACAAGGGAAGCCCAGAACCGACAUGCCUAGGUACGAUCAGUGGUUACAGGUGGACACAGACGGAACAUCGGACCAGGUCUCCUCCCAGGAGCUGUCCCCACCCUCCACCAAGUACCCCCCCUCAGAACCCGGCUUCAAGUCUCCCGUAAGACUCUCCAAGCCUGAGACUACCGGGGGACCAGGGAAACAACAGGACACUCCUGUUACUGAACCCAUCCGAGCUGCUACAGCAGAGAAGGGGGUGGGGGGCGAGACUGCAGGGGAUGAUGGGAAGGAGCAGGAGAGGCCCAGGUCAAGGGUCAGCGAUGCCAGCUCCAUCAAGGGUUUUGCCUCCCUGUACCCAGGGGAGCAGAAGAACUCCCCAGGGACAGUUGCAGGUACCACAGCAGACAUGGCCACCUCCCCAGCCUACACAGAGUCCAGUGUACAGACAGACGGAGGUACUGUGUCUGUGGGCACCUCUCCUGUGCACUUCUCACAGAUCAACUCACAGAACAAGCAAAGGCCUGCUAGCAGCACUGGCAGCUUCUUGUCAUCUUUGGUGGACAUAGUGGACUUGGUGGAUCGGAAUUCCAUCACGUCAGAACCUCCGUCAUUGGGUAGUCAUUCUGGACAUCGCCAUGGCAGCAGGGUCACGCCCCUUCACCAUGGAAACAAGUCGUCACGUCCAAACAGCAGGCAACGUCCAUGGACCGCACCAUCUUCCGAGAAAAAGGGGGUGAUAGGACAUGGAAGGAUUGGGUCAAUAGGUCGGGAGGGGGGGUCAAGGUAUGACAGGACUGCGCCAUUGGGAAGGGAGGGGGUGUCGGGGUACGACCGGACUGUGCCAUUAGGUCAGGAGGGGGUGACAGGGUAUGAUCGAGGUAUCAGUCCAGACCUGUUUGCAGAUGACGAAGAGGAAGAGUCCAUUACGGAACAGGAGUCCAGAAUUCUAGAGGAAGUCUUCUUCUUGAAGUAAACU